AGUGCCACAGGAUGGGAAUCCGCGGGUGCUCCCCAAGUCACCUAAUCUCUCUCCUCCUCUUCCUGUUCCCUUCAGAGAUAGCCUGCCGCCCCUCAGGGAAGAGACCCUGCAAGAUGCAAGCCUUCAGAAUCUGGGAUAUUAACCAGAAGACCUUCUACCUGAGGAAUAACCAGCUAGUUGCCGGAUACUUGCAAGGACCAAAUACUAAAUUAGAAGAGAAGAUAGACAUGGUGACUGUCGAGCCCCAUACUGUGUUCCUGGGGAUCCAUGGUGGGAAGCUGUGCCUGGCCUGUGCCAAGGUUGGCGAUGAGAUCCGGCUCCAGUUGGAGGAGGUCAACAUCACUGACCUGGCCAAGACAAGGGAGCAGGACAAGCGCUUCACCUUCAUUCGCUCAGUCAGCGGCCCCACCACCAGCUUUGAGUCUGCCGCCUGCCCCGGCUGGUUCCUCUGCACAGCGCUGGAGGCAGACCAGCCUGUCGGCCUCACCAACACACCUAAGGAAGCUAUAAAAGUCACCAAGUUCUACUUCCAGCAGGACUAGUGGUGCCGCCACACUGCCACCCUGCUGCCACCACAUCCAGGACUCCAGACGCCUCUUCGCCCUUGCCCAUGUUCCCGGCUGUCGUGGGGCUCUGAGGAGCAGCCUUGGCAGGUGGACCCUCAAAGGAACGACAGGAACCCUGGGAUCAGGACUCUGUCUCCAGCCCCCUCCGCUAAUGCAACUUCAUGCUGCCUCCACAGUGGUCUUUCCAAAAUGCAACUUGAAUCUUGAAUCACAACACAACUCAAAGCCCUUCCUUCAGUGUCAUCUGUGCCUUCCCAAUAACAGCUGGGCCACCUGGUCAGCCUGUCACCUCUGCUCUCCUCUCCCAGCUCCCCCUUCUGCCCCCUUGUCCAUGCCCCAGGUCCCUGAAGCCACUCACUCACCUCCCUCCAAGCGGCUCCUAAGCCUUGUUUUGCAAACCUUGGGACAGCAGCACUUUUAGGGUCCGUGGCAAAAUGAAAAAAAAAGGAUUUCAUGAUAUUUUUUAAAAGCCCACUAUAUCCAAUUUUAAACAGUG